AUGGUACACAUGACAGGCUGGCCGAAAGGUUCGGCCGAGAAGUUCCUCCAUUCUACACCCGUUGCUAAAACAAUAACUCUAUAUCCUUUGAAAAGUUACAGUUUUGGCACCAAAGAACCCAAUUAUGAACGAGAUCGGAGUGUUCCUGCUCGAUUUCAACGGUUACAGGAGGAUUUUGAGAAGUAUGGUAUGCGUCGGUCAGUUGAAGGAAUCUUACUUGUACAUGAACACAACCUACCUCAUGUCCUAUUACUUCAACUCGGUACGUUUUUCAAACUCCCUGGAGGUGAACUGCAUCCAGGUGAAGAAGAAAUUGAAGGACUGAAGCGAUUAUUAUCUGAGAUGUUAGGCCGGACGGAUGGUAUCCCAGUUGACUGGAUUCCAGAAGACUGUAUCGGUAAUUGGUGGCGACCGAAUUUUGAACCACCUCGCUAUCCAUAUAUUCCUGCUCAUGUAACUAAACCUAAAGAACAAACACGUUUAUUUCUAAUUCAACUUCCUGAGAAAACAUUGUUUGCUGUACCAUCAAAUUAUAAAUUAGUAGCAGCUCCGUUAUUCGAACUUUUUGACAAUGCCCGAGCCUAUGGUCCAAUUAUUUCUUCCUUACCUCAAGUAUUAAGUCGACUCGAUCAAAUUUACUUUGAUUAA